CCUUGGGGCUCUGUAUUUCUAUGCAUGAGCAUGAACCUCGAAAUUCCAAAAGAUUUUCCUUUGUUGACACACACGUAAAAGAGAAGUUAAAAAUGCGUAUUCAUUUCGCUUCCUCCAUCUAUAAAUUUAACCUUUCUUUUCUACCUCUCUCGCUGUGAAAAUCAUUGACACGUGGUGCUCUUGAAUCAUCAAAUGGCAGCAAAAAUCCAAGGCAUGAAGCUGAAGAAUGUUGUUGGGGAUGACGACGGCAGCGACGGUGCAGCAGAUGACUUAGGUGGCCUUUCCUUGGAGAAAUUGAAGCUUGGUCCCAGUAAAAAACUCCUAGUACUGUGUCUGGGCGGCUUGUUGGCGCACAGGGUGCACAAGCGCCACUCGGCCUCGGUCCAAGGCCGCCGUCCGGAUCUUGUUUACGGCAACUUUCUGGUAUUCAAGAGGCCAUUUUGUGGUGAAUUCCUCAAUUUCUGUUUCCAGCGAUUUGAAGUGGGAUUAUGGUCUUCAGCCAGGGAACGAAAUAUGGAUUAUGUUCUGAGAUUCAUCAUGGAUGAUAGUGUGAGACGCAAGGUUGCCUUUGUGUGGGAUCAGGAAGAAUGCAUAGACUCUGGAUUUCGGAGCUUGCAUAAAAAGCAGAAGCCCUUAUUCUUGAAGGACCUGAAUAAAGUUUGGGAAAACAAAGACCGGAGUCUCCCUUGGCCGAGUGGCAAAUAUUCAUCAUCCAACACAUUGCUCAUUGAUGACGAGCCCUGCAAGGCCCUCCUGAAUCCUCCUCAUACAUCAAUUUUCCCUCAUCCGUACAAGUCAGACAACUGCAAGGAUACAUUUUUAGGUCCCAAAGGCGAAUUGCAGGUCUUCUUAGAUGGCCUUGCCGAUGCUGAUGAAGUUCCUUCUUAUGUGAAAGAACAUGCGCUUGGGCAGCCUGCAAUAACCGCCUUACAUCCUGAUUGGGGCUACUCUGAAAGCGUCGUUCGGCAUUUUCAGAGGACAAAGGCAGCUUUAGACAGAUAGAACGCUUACAACAUGAACAAAUCAUUUGGCUACUAUUUUUCUUGCUUAAAA